AUGCUGUACACCCCUGAUGGGCAAGGAAUUCAACUUCGUGGAACGCCUGGACCACCCGGGCCGCCGGUAUGCGUCAUCAGUCCGAAUUCCGUAAUGACUGAUGUGCUGACUGUAUCCUCUGGCUGUGGUUAUUCACGUAGCAUGGAUAAUUUCCAAGGAUUGCUCAUGGCAUUGAAAUCGUUAUUUGCUAUUGAUUUAGGUUCCAAAGGUGCUCGUGGAUAUCCUGGUUUUCCGGGAACUCCUGGUGCCAAAGGUGAUCGCGGUGAACGUGGUCCGAUUGGUCCACCUGGUUAUCCUGGUCCGAAAGGCGAACGCGGAUUUUCCAGUCAUGGUAAAAUCGCGGUUGGAUCGCCGAUGCCAAACUCUCCGCUAAUGAUCCAAGGACCACCUGGGCCACAAGGGCUCCCUGGUCCUCCUGGACCGGAAGGACGCGAAGGCAAACCUGGAAUGAAAGGUGAACGAGGAUUGCCAGGUUUCGACGGAGAAAGUAAGAUUGGACCAAAAGGAGAUCAGGGUGAACCAGGACGUGAUGGUGUUCCUGGACUUCGUGGCCCGCAAGGUGAACGAGGAGAGAAGGGAGAGCCUGGAGUAUCGAUGCUGGCACACAGUCAUCGUCAUACUCAAACGUUUGCUGCGCCCGGUCCUCCCGGACCACCUGGACCACCUGGAUCUCCUGGAUCGCCUGGGGCGCCAGGCAUGCCAGCCCAACCCGCGCUCUGUCCACCUGGUCCACCUGGUUCUCGUGGAGCAGACGGACGUCCUGGUCAACGUGGUCCACAGGGUGAAAAAGGAGAGCGUGGUGAGCCCGGAAUGCCAGGUGCACGCGGAUCUCCAGCUCCUGGAGGACCGGCAGUUGCUGGAGCGAAGGUGGUCAUGGGACCUCCUGGUCCACCGGGCAGAGACGGUAUUAAUGGAGAGAAAGGUGAAAAGGGAGAUACUGGCUCAUCGGGCCCGAUGGGGCCACCAGGUCCUGAAGGAAUGCCCGGAAAACGCGGACGACGAGGUAAAAUUGGAGAACCCGGAGUAUGUCCUCAAAACUGCACCUUUGCAAUGGAGAAGUCUGACGCUCUUGUUCGAGAGCUAAUGCCUAUUCUAAAGAAGGAAUUGAAAGAAAUCCGGAUAAAACAUGGUUAUCCUGGUCUACCUGGUGGACCUACUGGUCCAGUUGGUCCGGCAGGACCACGAGGACCACAAGGACUUCCCGGACACUCAGGCGAGAAGGGUGAUCGGGGCGAUAUUGGACCGCCCGGACUACCUGGACAACCGGGUCAAGUCCACGAAGUAACCUCACCGGGUGGCGGAAGUGUACCAGGGCCACGUGGUCCACCUGGACUGCCUGGUCCACCUGGUGAGAAAGGAGAACGUGGAGGGCCAGGUCUACCGGGUCAACCUGGUUCAUUGGGUUUACCAGGACCACCAGGGCCGAUGGGACUACGUGGCUCUCCUGGGGUCGAAGGACGAAUGGGCAAGCAAGGACCGAUAGGACCGAAGGGCGAUAUGGGAUUUCCAGGACCUCAGGGACCACCAGGUCAUCCAGGUUCACCAGGCGAAAGGGGAGCAGAUGGCCAUCCUGGUCCAAGAGGAGAAAAAGGAGAUCAGGGCAUACCUGGUCUUGAUGCUCCAUGUCCUACUGGUCCGGAUGGAUUACCUUUACCAUAUUGCUCUUGGAAGCCAAUGGAGGUGAGAACAGUAACCGAAGAAAGGGUCCUCUAG